GUACCUCUGGAAUAUUGCCAUUCAUUUUUAGAUAAUGUUAGAAUCAAUAUUAGCACCAUCCAUAGAUUAAACAUGGAUGAUUUAUAUGGCUGAAUUAUUAUUAUUAUUAUUAUUAUUAUAUAUUUGUUUUAAUUAGCAUUAUUUUAGGAGGACUAAAAGGCAGUGAGGAGGUCAGCAAUGAGUGCGUCUGCAGGGACUGGCGUGUUCGUGCUCUCCUUGAUGUCCAUUCCCAUCUGCUACUUGUUUAACUCCCUUGUCUCCAACAACAGUGCUGACGCCUUCUUCUUAGCCGGAUGUGCAACAUUCGUCUUUCUGGUCAUUUCUGCCCGUUUUAUACGCAAGAGAAAAGCUCCAUUACACUCUCUUUUCUAUGUGUAUGCAAUUCAUGCAUUCUUCAGUGUGGUGAACUUAAUCAUCGGACUGGAGCAGGACAACAUCAUUGAUGGAUUUGUGACCUUUUACCUUAAAGAGGCAGACCCACACAUUAAUACAGCACACGGGCACAUGAUGUCCUAUUGGGAUGGCUGUGUGCAUUAUCUCAUGUAUCUGCUCAUGAUCGCUGCAAUCACUUGGGGGGACAACUUCAGAGCGAUUGGACUCUACUGGGUAGGGUCUUUUGUCAUGCGUUCCAUUAUCUACCUUCUUGGGAAUGCUGUCGGAAAAUAUGAUACAGAAAUUGGUCCUCUCUUCUUCCUUCACUUGCUGUACAUCGCAGUGUCUGUCUGGGCUUGCUUUCGCGUCUUCAGCCAUCCUUCCCCACGGACUGUUGAUUUGACGAAUAUCCAGGAAGCUCAGAGAGUGACGUUGUGCCACAGACCUUUGGACUUGUGUUUUAUUAUCUACCUCAUCCCAGCUCUGACUUUCUGUGUCUUCAGAGGUCUGGUUGCCCUGGACUGUUCCAAUACCCUUUGUCAGCACUACACGCAACAUUAUGAGCCGUAUGUGAAAGACCCCUCGGCCUACCCUAAAAUACAUAUGCUGGUAAGCAUGCUGUACUCGGGCCCGUACUACAUCAUGACUCUCUACGGCUUGUUGGUUCCAGGAUGUGAGUGGAUGCUGGACCUGACUCUUGUACAUUCAGGUGCAGUAGCACAAGCCCAGUUCUCUCAUAUUGGCGCCUCUCUUCACACACGGACGCCGUUCUCUUACAGAGUGCCAGCCGACAGCCAACCUGUCUUCUUGCUGGUUAAUAUCCUGUAUGCUGUGGUGCCUCAGGCUCUGUGCUACCGCUGCACGACGAGGCCUGCCUUCUUUCUCAGGGGCACGUCAGACAAGAAAAGUGCAUGAGUAUUGUAUAAAUAUACAGCUGGUUUCAAAGCUGCAUUAUCACAUUUUUUUUCAAAGUAGAUGAUGGCUUAGUGUGCAGUACAGUCUAGAUAUAUACAGUACAGUUUCUCACGGAAGCGAGAACACCUCGCACAUUUUUUGGGUAAAUAUUUUAUUAUAAUGUUUUAUGGGACAACACUGAGGAAAUGACACUUUUCCACGAUAAAAAGUAGUCAGUGUUCACUGUUCAGCUUUUAUACGAGUGUAGAUUUACUGUACCCUCAACAUAAAUCAACCCACUAUCAUUAAUAUCUUAAUUGAUGGCAACAAAGGUGAGUAUACCCCAAGUGGAAAUGUACAAAUUGGGCCCAAUUUGGCCUUUUCCUCCACAGUAUCAUGUAACUAGUUAGUGUUACAAUGUCUCAGGUGUGAACAGGUGUGUUUAAUUUUAUGUUAUCGCUCUCACGCGGUCUCGUAGUGGUCACUGGAAGUUCAAUAUGGCCCCUCAAGGAAAAUAUCUCACUGGGGAUCUGAAAAAAAAGAAUUGUGACUAAUUGGGCCCAAUUUGGACAUUUUCACUUAGGGGUGUACGCACUUUUGUUACCAUCAGUUUAGACAUUAAUGGCUGUGUGGUGCGUUAUUGGUGCGGAAAGUAAAUACACUGUGAUAAAAGCUGUUCAUUGAUUACAUAACAUUGUAGAAAAUUGUCAGUUCUUCAGUGUUGUCCCAUGAAAAGACAAAAUAUUUACAAAUAUGAGAGAGGUGUACACUCAAUUUUGAGAGAUACAACAUAUGUUUUAUUAAUUCUGUGAGAGGAGAACAGGAUAUUGACUGUUUUUUUUUUUUUGUAUUUAAUAGUUUUGAAACCUUUUUUUUUUUUUUUUUACUCAGAAGAAUUCAAGAAAUUAGCUGGAGCGUGCUUGUUUUUUGUGUCCAAUACUUUAUUGAUGAUAAAACUGGCUGGUGUUUGAUUUAUUGUUUGAAGCACCUUUUACAAUAUAAAGUGUACAGCCCUUGACACAUUUAUGAGACCACCACCCAAUGUCAGGUUGAUGCCGCAUCUGCCGUAAAUUAACAGCAGUGGGAGUUAUACAAUUAUUUUUUUAUGCAAAAAUAACAUUAUUGCUUUAAAAUGUUUUGAAAAAAAAAGUUAUUUACUUGCCCAAACAGAAAAAAAAACUAAUUUUAGCAGUUGAUUCCUAUGCUUAAUUAAUUCCUAGCUUCUCAGAGAGGCAGUGAGCUGGCUCAAAUGUGGCUAUAAGAAAGUGAAUUCAGUCGAAAUUGAAAGAAUCUGCUUAGUUUUCUCAUUUUUAUGACAAGCGGUCUCAUAAAUCAUAAAUUAACACCACCCUCGGUAUUUCAUAGUUGGGAUGGCGUUCUCAGGCUUACAAGCUUUCCUCUUUUCUCUCCAAAUGUAACGAUGUUCAUUAUGAUCCAUCAGCUAAAUUUGUGUUUCGUCAGACCACAGGAGGUCUCCCAAAAUUAAGGUCUUUGUCCCUGUGUGCGUUUUUUUAAUCUGUCUUUUUCUUUUUUCCACGUUUCUUUUGGAGUAAUGGCUUCUUCCUGGCACAGUGGCCUUUGAGCCCAUGUUGAUACAGUACUUGUUUCACAAUGGAUAAUAAAACACUCUUCCGAGCUUUAGCCAGCAUCUUGACAAGGUGCUUUGCUUUUGUUCUUAGGUUGAUAUGCCCAUUUCGGACCAAAACAUAUUCAUCUCUGGGACUCAGAACCCGUCUCCUUCCUGUGUGGUUUAAUGGCUGGACAUUCCCAUGGUGUUUAUACUUGCGUAUAAUUGUUUGAACAGAUGAAUGUCGCACAUUCAGGCAUCUGGGAAUUGCACCCAAGGAUGAACCAGACUUGUCCAAGUCCACAAUUCUCUUCCUAAUAUCUUGGCUGAUUUUUUUUUUUUUUUGCUUUCUCAUGAUGUUACACAAAGAAGUAAUGUGUUGCAGCUGUGCCUAAUUGAAAUAUAUCCACAGGUGUGUCUUUAAGUAAGUCAUAUGUUGUCAAUAAA